AUGUUCUCGAACUUGUCUUUGGAUAAGUCUCUUUAUAAAACCUCGACGAACCUUCAAACUUUGUUAAGCACUUUAUCCCAGAGAGCAAGAGGAAGCUCAGACAACCAACAAACAGCAACCCCACCAACAUCAUCCCGACAAGAAAGGAUAGCAGCACCGCCUCCCUUUCCCCAACCAGACGUAACCCGACUCCACACCAGAGAACAAGCAGACACUUUCUACAAAGCCAGAACACGUUGGCUACAGUACUAUGCAGGAAGCCACCCACAGCUACUGCCCACAACACAACACGAUCCCCCAGUAACCGUAGAAAACCUCUACGACGAGAACAACUUUGAAGAGUUUGCAGCAGGCGGUGACCCGAUACCACCUCCCACUCCACAGAUACUCCCCGCUGCACCUGCUCCAUCCCACAUCCCACCACCACACACCAUGUCUAACACUGCAGCCCCCAAACCCACAAUGAUCGGGAAAAUUGAUGACUUCGAUGGAACCCCAGAUAAAGCCCAAAGGUGGAUAUCGUCCACCGAUCUACACUUUGAUAUCAAUGACACCAUCUACAACUCCGACAAGAAAAAGGUAUAUGUGGCCCUCAGCUACAUGAAGGACGGCAACACCGCCUCAUGGAGCGAAGCCAAGAUGACUGAAUACAAAGAGAAGAAUGCCUACCCCACAUGGGCAGACUUCAUGAAAACCUUCACAGCCAGUUUCAGAACGGCAAACGUCAAAGGAACGGCCUCGGCCGCCUUGAUGAAAAUGAAAAUGGAACAAGGAGAAAAUGCAGUAGCGUUUAACUCAAGGUUCAUGCUAGAUGCUGGGAAAAGCGGCAUCAACAAUGAAGCCAUGACCAUGGUUUAUCAAAAGGCUAUCCGGCCACCCCUCCUUCGCGGGGCACUCACCGGAAAGGAACUACUCACCAUCGAAGACUGGAUGAGCACAGUAGCGAACCUAGACGCUAGCUGGAUCAGUGCCAACACUAUCUCGGAAGGAGCGUGA